AUGACGCUGGGAGGGGAACCAGAGGAAGAUCUAGGCCUGAGACUGCAGCAGGACAGGUUCAAGAAGCUGCAGGCGUGGUACCACGAGCACGGGUCUGGCCUCAACUUGCGCCGCCUUUUCGAAGGGGACAAGGACCGCUUCAACCACUUCAGCUUGAAUCUCAACACCAACCAUGGGCAUAUACUGGUGGAUUACUCCAAGAACCUUGUGACGGAGGCUGUGAUGCAGAUGCUGGUGGACCUGGCCAAGUCCAGGGGUGUGGAGGCUGCCCGGGAACGCAUGUUCAAUGGCGAGAAGAUUAACUUCACAGAGAAUCGGGCGGUGCUGCACGUGGCCCUGCGGAACCGAUCAAACACACCCAUCCUGGUGGAUGGCAAGGAUGUGAUGCCAGAGGUCAACAGGGUCCUGGAGAAGAUGAAAUCUUUCUGCCAGCGUGUCCGGAGUGGUGAAUGGAAGGGGUACUCGGGCAAGUCCAUCACUGACGUCAUCAACAUCGGCAUCGGCGGCUCUGACCUGGGACCCCUCAUGGUGACUGAAGCCCUCAAGCCGUACUCUUCGCAAGGUCCCCGGGUCUGGUUUGUCUCCAACAUUGAUGGGACCCACAUUGCCAAAACGCUGGCCACCCUGAACCCCGAGACCUCCUUGUUCAUCAUUGCCUCCAAGACCUUCACCACCCAGGAGACCAUCACCAACGCAGAGACGGCAAAGGAGUGGUUUCUCAUGUCGGCCAAGGAUCCUUCGGCAGUCGCGAAGCACUUUGUUGCCCUGUCUACCAACACUGCCAAAGUGAAGGAGUUUGGAAUUGACCCUCAAAACAUGUUCGAGUUCUGGGAUUGGGUGGGAGGCCGCUACUCGCUGUGGUCAGCCAUCGGACUCUCCAUUGCCCUGCACGUGGGAUUUGACAACUUCGAGCAGCUGCUCUCAGGGGCUCACUGGAUGGACCAGCACUUCCGCACAACGCCCCUGGAGAAGAAUGCCCCCGUCCUGCUGGCUCUGCUGGGCAUCUGGUAUAUCAACUUCUUCGGGUGUGAGACGCAGGCCUUGCUGCCGUAUGACCAGUACAUGCACCGCUUUGCUGCCUACUUCCAGCAGGGUGACAUGGAGUCCAAUGGGAAGUACAUCACCAAGUCCGGCACCCGUGUGGAUCAUCAAACGGGCCCCAUUUUAUGGGGGGAGCCAGGGACCAAUGGCCAGCAUGCCUUCUACCAGCUCAUCCACCAAGGUACCAAGAUGAUACCCUGUGACUUCCUCAUCCCGGUCCAGACCCAGCACCCUAUUAGGAAGGGUUUGCAUCACAAGAUCCUCCUGGCCAACUUCCUGGCCCAGACGGAGGCCCUGAUGAGGGGGAAGUCAACAGAGGAGGCCCGGAAGGAGCUCCAGGCUGCGGGAAAGAGUCCGGAGGACAUUGAGAAGCUGUUGCCGCACAAGGUGUUUGAAGGAAAUCGCCCAACCAACUCUAUUGUGUUCACCAAGCUCACGCCAUUCAUUCUUGGAGCCUUGAUUGCCAUGUACGAGCACAAGAUCUUUGUUCAGGGCAUCAUCUGGGACAUCAACAGCUUUGACCAGUGGGGAGUGGAGCUGGGAAAGCAGCUGGCUAAGAAAAUUGAGCCUGAGCUUGAAGGCAGCAGCCCAGUGACUUCUCAUGAUGCCUCCACCAAUGGGCUGAUCAACUUCAUCAAGCAGGAGCGUGAGGCCAAAAGCCAAUAAACUCAUGCCCAGCUGCAGUCCUUGUUGUGACUAGUCCUUCUUGUCUCUCCUGCCCAGAGUCUGCACUGCAUGGUCCCACCCAGAGCACCCUCUGGUUUCAGGCUUGGACCACAGCCCUUUGGGGAAGCUAGUCUGGAAUUACCACCCCAGCCCUCUCCAUGUCCACGCCCCUUCUGUUUUACAACUGGCUGACGUGUUUCAGUGCAGCUGCUUUUCCUGACCCAUGUUCAUUGUUCAUAUACCAGGCAGAAAAAUAAAGAUGCCACAAAGGAG